CAACCGAAACAUCUACUGCUCCAACCACUACAGAAACCCCCACAACUACAACUGAAACAUCUACUAGUCCAACCACAACAUCUACUGUUCCAACCACUUCGACCGAAACAUCUACUACUCCAACCACUACAGAAACCUCAACCAUUACAACUGAAACAUCUACUGCUCCAACCACUACAACUGAAACGUCUACUGCUCCAACCACUACAACCGAAACAUCUACUACUCCAAUCACUACAGAAACCCUCACAACUUCAACUGAAACAUCUACUACUCCAAUGACUACAACUGAAACAUCUACCAGUCCAACCACGACAGAAACCCCUGCCACUACAACCGAAACAUCUACUACUCCAUCCACUACAGAAGCCUCCACCACUACAAUCGUAACAUCUACUAGUCCAACUACUCCAACCAUAACAUCCACUACUCCAACCACUACCAAACCCCCCACUACAACCGUGACAUCUACUACUCCAACCACUACAACUGUCAUCUCUAGUACUGCAACCACUACCAAAACCCCCACCACUUCUAUCGUAACCUCUACUACUCCAACGACUACCAAAACCCCCACUACAACCGUGACAUCUACUACUCCAACCACUACAACUGUCAUCUCUAGUACUCCAACGACUACCAAAGCCCCCACCACUACAACCGUGACAUCUACCACUCCAGCCACUGCAACCAGAACCUCUACUACUCCAACCACUACAAGAGCCUCCACCACUACAACCAUAACACCUACUAGCACUUCAGCAACUCAAACAGACUCAACGCCAGCAUCCACCAUAUUUGAAACUUUGUUGACUACUUUACCAAAAACAACCAUAUUGUCAACCACUGCAGAAAACCCAGGAAAUAAUGUGAUGUCUCUGACCUUCAAAAUGACUUUGGAGUUUACUCCAGCUCUCACUAACCAAACUUCACCAGAAUUUCAGUCUUUGUCAGUGACGGUCACCACUGAGUUGAAUUCCUUGUACAGCAAGAUUUACAAGAACUUCAUCACCUGCAUUGUCCUUGGUUUCUGGCCUGGCUCAGUAGGAGUGGACACCAAACUGAUCUUCAGCAACGAAACUUCACUCCCCAAUGUUACUAAUGUGAAAGAAACGCUGUUGGAAGCAACCAACACAACAUCCAUAUUAAAAAUUAAUUCAACCACCAUUAUUGCCGAAAUACCAGCCGCCGCCACCACCGCAGUUUCUCCGAACAGCACCAGCCUUACAUCAGCUGCCACCUCAUCACUCCCCACGAAAACAGCGGAGUCUACAUCAAGCGCACCUCCCACAACACUUAUGUCUACGACCACAGCUUCUACCGAUCCUCCUGGUCCAACGGAAGGUUACCUCAAUCUGACCUUCAGAAUCAACCAAACAUUUUUUGCACCCUUGGGAAACAGAUCGUCUCUCGAGUUCAAGGCCUUGGCACAGAACAUCACAACUGGGCUGACUAACAUGUUCAGAGCAAUCUACAAGGACAUUUUCCUGAGGUGUUAUAUCAUAGGAUUCUGGAAUGGGUCUACAGGAGUGGACACCAACUUGAUCUUUACGAAUCAGUCGGUGGUUCCCAAUGCUACCAGCGUCGAGAACUAUUUUAAGGAAGGAAUCGGCUCUUCAGCAGUCUUCCAAAAUGUGAUCUUAUCCAGCAUUCACGCAGCAGUGCCAGGCUCCACCACAAACACGACCAGCACGCCUGCCGUGACAGGAACAACAGCGACCAGCUCUGCCAGUCCCUCCACGACAUCCAAGGCAUUCAGCAGUUUCACGUCAACCAACAGGCCAAAGGAAGUGGCUGCUCUUCUAAUCCCAGUUAUUCUGGUUCAUUUUUAUUGGCCUAGCUGGACAUGAAAAAUGCAGUUCAUCUGAAAAUAUCACACAAUACACUGAGUAUAUAUUUUUAGAGAUUGUUAAUCAUUUAUAUUCCUUGAACUCAUUUCGUUAAGUCUACUACUGUAUAAGUUAUGCCUUAAUACUCUUUUCCAAUUAAAAUGUAGGCAUAUUUUUUCCACAGGG